UCUCUAACUGGAUUCAUGGGCUCACAGGUGAUGACCAGACCGGAGGAUAUCGCCAAACUCUACCGAGAGCUCAGCCUCUUCCCAUCUCCGACCAGAGCAGACRUAGGACCUGUCAUCACCUCUCAGUAUGGAGGCAAAUACAGCAACAUCUACACAGAAUGGAGCCAGUGUGAUCUGGAGAGGAACGAGAAUGUCAGGUUUUGCAGACAGUAUAUUGUAUUCCACGAUGACAAGUCUGUGGUCUUCUCUGGAGCUUCUGGAAACUGCACUGAAAUCAAAACAAUGUUGUCAUCAGUAAAUAAAACAUUUUUAUUAAGAGCGCUGAGUAAGGAUUCUCCUUCUGGUGAGAUGAAGGCAGUUGUUAGAGAAUGCACAAUCAAAGGAGAAGAGAAGCAGUUUUUGGAGAUCUGGAGUAAAAACAUAAAGAUGAAGUGCAUAAAUCUGACAGCCUUAAAGAAGCACGGCAAAGUCUAUGAAGAUGAGCAGUUUGGCAGCUUGGUUUGGUCUCACUCUGAGACACACCUCCUGUAUGUGGCAGAGAAAAAGAGACCCAAGGCUACAUCCUUCUUCCAGACGGAGUUACCAGAAUUGUUUUUAAUUGAAGAYGACAAGGAAACCAUCAAGGGGGAGCAGUUUGCCUACCAUGAGGACUGGGGRGAGGACUUGGGUAAUAAGAGUCAUCCAGUGAUUUGUGUUUUGGACAUUGAGGGGGACAACGUCUCUGUGUUGGAAGGAGUGCCUGAUGAUAUCUCACCUGGACAGGCAUUUUGGGCUCCAGGUGACACAGGUGUGRUCUUUGUAGGCUGGUGGCACGAGCCCUUCAGACUUGGCCUUCAGCUAUGCCCCAAUCGAAGGUCCUCGUUGUUUUAUGUGGAUCUUACUGGUGGUAAAUGUGAGCAACUUACAUCAGGCACCAGUGCAGUUUGUUCCCCAAGACUGAGUCCAGACCAGUGCYGGAUUGUCUACCUGGAAUGUUCUGUUUCUGGACCACUCUUGCCGUGCAGCAGUCUUUGUAUGUACGACUGGUACACUAAGAAGACCUCAGUAGUGGUGGAUGUUGUUARUCGACCUAGAGAAGAUGGCUUUACUGGCAUCUACAGUUCUCAGCUGUCACCCCAGUGCUGGUCUGCUGAUAGUCAGCGUAUUGUUGUUGAUUGUCCUCAGCGCAGCCGCAAGGAUCUCUUAGUGGUGGAUAUAAAUACAGGCAGCAUCACCUCUCUGACUGCAAAGUCUGAUAUUGGUAACUGGAGCUUGCUGAACAUAGAGAGAGAUCUGAUGGUGGUCAGCUACUCUUCUCCCAACUGUCCUCCAUGUCUGAGAGUGGGUUUCCUUCCAGGCAGAGAUUCUCAGGAGGAAGUUGUUUGGGUUACAUUGGAAGACUCUCAGUUAAUGCCUGAAAUUGAUUGGCAAAUCAUGACUUUCACUCCUCCCCCAGAGCAGGAAAACAGUCAAUACCCGGGCCUUGAUUUCGAAGCUUUGCUGAUUAAACCGAAGGAGGUUAAAGAAGACAUGAAGCUGCCUCUAAUGGUCAGCCCUCAUGGUGGUCCUCACUGCGUGUCUGUUGCUGAAUGGCUUCUGGACUCCUCUGUGCUGUGCAAGAUGGRCUUUGCUGUGUUAUUAGUGAACUAUCGUGGCUCCCAUGGAUACGGCCAGGACAGCAUCCUCUCGUUGCUGGGUAAUGUGGGCGCCCAGGAUGUCAAAGAUGUUCAGUUUGCUGUUGAAAGUGUUCUGAAAAGCAAUGAGUUUGAUUCACAGAAGGUGGUAGUUUCUGGGGGCUCCUAYGGGGGAUUUCUAGCAUUCCAUCUACUUGGCCAAUACCCAGGGUUCUACAAGGCCUGUGUGAAUUUCAACCCUGUUGUCAAUUUGGCCUCCAUGAUUGGCAGCACAGACAUCCCAGACUGGUGCAUGGUUGAGGCUGGUUACGACUACAGUCCAGACUGUCUUCCUGAUYCUGCUGUUUGGGAGCAGAUGUUAAACAAGUCUCCCAUUAAAUACAUACCUCAGGUUAAAACACCAGUGCUGCUUAUUUUAGGRGAAGAUGACAAGCGUGUACCUCACAAGCAAGGAAUUGAGUACUACAAAGCUCUAAAGGCAAGGCAGAUCCCAGUUCGAUUGCUGUGGUACCCAGGAAACAACCACUCUCUCUCUGAUGUGGACGCAGAAUCUGAUGGAUUUAUGAACAUGGCUUUGUGGAUUAUUCAACACCUGAAUCUGUGAUGGUCAAUCUAACGAAUCGCAUUAGAAGAUCCUGCUUUAUGUGAUUUUGUCUUCCUGUUUUCUCGUCCAAUCUGAAGCCAAAACAUUGUAUUUUUUUAUCCAGACAAAACAUGCCUCCUUUACUUUACUUACAAUYUAGCUGCUGUAUCGAUGGAAAAAUAAUAGUUUUAGCAUUGUGCUUGAAGCAUUGUUGAUUCAACAGAAAAGAUUUUGUACACAGUUAUUACUCUGACCUGUAUUU